GCGGCGGCGGCGGCUUGGCGGGCGUCCGUGGGCCGUGGGGGAUGGGAGCGGCGAGCUCCAGCUCUCGGCGGCGGCGGCGGCGGCGGCGGCGGCCGUGAGUGUCGGGCGCGCGUCCGCGUCCGGGACGCGGGAUGGAGCGCCGCGGAGUUCUGUUUUUUUGACUGUUAUAUGAAAGGAUGAUUGCUCACAAACAGAAAAAGACAAAGAAAAAACGUGUCUUGUCAACAGGCCAGCUCUCUACUGAUGUUACAACUUCUGAAAUGGGGCUCAAGUCCUUAAAUUCCAACUCCAUUUUGGAUCCUGAUUACAUCAAGGAGUUGGUGAAUGAUAUCAGGAAGUUCUCCCAUGUGUUACUAUAUUUGAAAGAAGCUAUUCUUUCAGACUGUUUUAAAGAAGUCAUUCAUAUACGUCUGGACGAACUUCUUCGUGUUUUAAAGUCUGUAAUGAAUAAACAUCAGAACCUCAAUUCUGUUGAUCUUCAGAAUGCUGCAGAAAUGCUUGCUGCAAAAGUGAAAGCUGUGAACUUCACAGAAGUAAAUGAAGAUAACAAAAAUGAUCUCUUCAGAGAAGUGUUUUCUUCCAUUGAAACCUUGGCCUUUACCUUUGGAAAUAUCCUGACAAACUUCCUCAUGGGAGAUGUAGGCAAUGAUUCAUUAUUGCGACUGCCUGUUUCCCGGGAAAGUAAGUCUUUUGAAAAUGUUUCUGUGGAAUCAGUGGACUCAUCCAGUGAAAAAGGAAGUUUUUCUCCUAUAGAAUUAGACAGCAUGCUGUUAAAGAACACUAACUCUAUAGAAUUGGCUUUGUCAUAUGCUAAAACAUGGUUAAAAUAUACCAAGAACAUAGUUGCAUGGGUUGAAAAGAAGCUGAGCUUGGAAUUGGAGUCCACUAGAAAUAUUGUCAAGUUGGCAGAGGCAACUAGAACUAACAUUGGACUUCAGGAGUUUAUGCCACUGCAGUCUUUAUUUACCAAUGCUCUUCUUAAUGAUAUAGAGAGCAGUCACCUUUUACAACAAACAAUUGCAGCUCUCCAAGCCAACAAAUUUGUGCAGCCUCUACUUGGGAGGAAAAAUGAAAUGGAAAAACAAAGGAAAGAAAUAAAAGAACUUUGGAAACAGGAACAAAAUAAAAUGCUUGAAACAGAGACUGCUCUUAAAAAGGCAAAAUUGUUGUGCAUGCAACGUCAAGAUGAAUAUGAAAAAGCAAAAUCUUCCAUGUUUCGUGCAGAAGAGGAGCAUCUGUGCUCAAGUGGUGGAUUAGUAAAAAAUCUCAACAGGCAGCUAGAAAAAAAGCGAAGACUGGAAGAAGAGGCUCUUCAAAAAGUAGAAGAAGCAAAUGAACUCUACAAAGUUUGUGUGACAAAUGUUGAAGAAAGACGAAAUGAUCUAGAAAAUACCAAAAGAGAAAUUUUAACACAACUCCGAAAACUUGUUUUCCAGUGUGAUCUUACCCUUAAAGCUGUAACAGUUAACCUCUUCCAGAUGCAACACCUGCAGGCUGCCUCCCUCGCGAACAAUUUACAGUCUCUCUGUGAUGGUGCCAAACUCUAUGACCCAGGCCAGGAGUACAGUGAGUUUGUCAGGGCCACGAAUUCAGCUGAGGAGGAAAAAGUUGAUGGGAAUGUAAAUAAACAGUUAACAAAUACCCCUCACACUUCCGGUUAUGGACCUUCCGACUCUUUAGAAGAUGUUGUGCGCCUUCCUGACAACUCUAAUAAGAUUGAAGAGGACAGAUGCUCUAACAGUGCAGACAUAUCAGGUCCUUCUUUUAUAAGGUCAUGGACAUUUGGGAUGUUUAGUGAUUCUGAGAGCACUGGAGGAAGCAGUGAAUCUAGAUCUCUGGAUUCUGAAUCUAUAAGUCCAGGAGACUUUCAUCGAAAACUUCCACGAACUCCAUCCAGUGGAACCAUGUCUUCUGCAGAUGAUCUGGAUGAAAGAGAGCCACCUUCCCCUUCAGAAGCUGGACCCAAUUCCCUCGGAACAUUUAAGAAAACUUUGAUGUCAAAGGCAGCUCUCACUCACAAGUUUCGCAAACUGAGGUCCCCCACAAAGUGCAGGGACUGUGAAGGCAUUGUGGUAUUCCAGGGUGUUGAAUGCGAAGAGUGUCUCCUUGUUUGUCACCGAAAGUGUUUGGAAAAUUUAGUCAUCAUCUGUGGUCAUCAGAAACUUCUGGGGAAAAUACACUUAUUUGGAGCAGAAUUCACACAAGUUGCAAAAAAGGAACCAGAUGGCAUCCCUUUUGUACUCAAAAUAUGUGCCUUAGAGAUUGAAAAUAGAGCCUUGUGUCUACAGGGAAUUUAUCGUGUAUGUGGAAACAAAAUAAAAACUGAAAAACUGUGUCAAGCAUUGGAAAAUGGAAUGCACUUAGUAGACAUUUCAGAAUUUAGUUCACAUGACAUCUGUGAUGUCUUGAAAUUAUACCUUCGACAGCUCCCAGAACCAUUUAUUUUAUUCCGAUUGUACAAGGAAUUUAUAGACCUUGCAAUAGAGAUCCAACAUGUAAAUGAAGAACAAGAGAUGAAAAAGGAUAAUCCUGAGGACAAAAAAUGUCCAAGUACGUGUAUAGAAGUAAACCGAAUUCUUCUAAAAAGCAAGGAUCUUCUAAGACAAUUGCCAGCAUCAAAUUUUAACAGCCUUCAUUACCUCAUAGUUCAUCUUAAGCGAGUCGUAGAUCAUGCAGAAGAAAACAAAAUGAACUCCAGAAACUUGGGGGUGAUAUUUGGACCAAGUCUCAUUAGGCCAAGGCCCACAACUGCUCCUAUCACCAUCUCCUCUCUUGCUGACUAUUCAAAUCAAGCACGGUUGGUGGAGUUCCUCAUUACCUACUCACAGAAGAUCUUCGAUGGGUCCCUACAGCCACAAGAUGUAGCUGUGUGUAGUGCAGGUGGUGGUGCACCUCAGGUUGACCAAGGCUAUCUUCCGAAGCCUCUGUUAUCACCAGAAGAAAGAGAUCCAGAACAUUCUGCGAAGUCACUGUUUUUCUCUUCAAAGGAGGAUAUCCAUACUGCAGAUAGUGAAAGCAAAAGUUUUGAAUCCACUGCAUCAUUUGAGGAAUCAGAACGGAAGCAAAAUGCAUUUGAAAAAUGUGAUGCAUGCCUCAUUGACAACAAAGUGCGUUUGCUUGUAGACCAGGAGCUUGAAUCAGCAUCACAAAAGAUGGAAGAUGUUUGUAAAACCUCCAAGCUGCCUACUCUGAAGUCCGAUAGGGAAAUAAAUGGCGUCGAGAGGCACACUCCAAGGACCAAGAUUAGACCUGUAAGUUUGCCUAUAGACAGACGACUACUUCUUGCAAGCUCCCCUAAUGAGAGAAAUGGCAGAAAUAUGGGGAAUGUCAAUUCAGACAAGUUUUGCAAGAAUCCUACCUUUGAAGGAGUUAAUAGAAAAGACACCCCAACUAUUGUUUGUUCCAAAUUUGAUGGCUUUGAUCAGCAACCUCUACAGAAAACUCGGGAGAAACGGUAUGAACAAAAUGACCUGACUGCAAAGACUGCAGUGAUUGUGCCCAGUGCAUUCCAGGAAAGAGAAGUGUCAGUGAGCAUCAGGAGUGGUGGGGACCACCCACUCAGCACCACCAGUAAGCCAUACACAGAACCCAUCAGGUCAGCCAGACAGGUGUCAGAGAGACGGUCUUCUGACUCCUGCCCUCCUGCUCCUGUCAGAGCACCCAGAACACUGCAGCCCCAGCACUGGACCACGUUUUAUAAACCACCUGCUCCUGCUGCUAGUGGGAGAGGGGAUGAGGAGAAAUCUGUGACAACCUCCGCAGCUGUGCCCCCUUGCACAACUCACGCUCCCCAGGAGCACGCGCUGAGAUCAGUUCCCGGUUCUGAAAAUGCAUCAGCCGGUCCCGUGCAGCCAGUUAGCAAGCCUAAAGAGAAGGCUGAAGAGCGUGACUUACCUGGUGUACAUCCAGCAUGUCAGAGACCGAGGCUAAAACGAAUGCAGCAGUUUGAAGACCUUGAAGAUGAAAUCCCACAGUUUGUGUAGGGUUGUCAGAAUUCAGUUUUUCUUUUUUUGUUUUGUUGUUUUGUGGUGGUGUAUUUGUUUUCUGGAAGAAAUUUUUGACAGAGCCUCUCUUGUAUAGGAUUGCCAAAUCGUGGAUUUUGUUUUUUGUCAUUGUGUUGUGUUAUCCUGUGUUGGUUAUACUGAAUGACAGAAUGUUUUGAUAGGGCCCCCAUCUGUGCCUCACUGGAAUUAUAUGUAUUUUUGAAGUUGUGAAUAAAUAGAUAGACUCAUGUUUUUUUAAAGUUCAGUUGAUUCCCCAUAAUAUGGUCCAUUCAAGUGCAUCCCUAAUAUAUGAUACAGCUCUCAACUAAUAGGUGCAAUUGAGGAAAUCAGCUUUAUUUUUUUGAAGUGAAACUACAUGCUUAUUUAUAAAAGGAAUGUUUCCAAGUGCAAGUGCCUGAAAGAUCUUUGUUUGGUAUGAUUGUUUUUUCACACAAUUUUAUAGUGUAUCUUUGACCAUUUGUGCUUUUAUGGUAUGUGUGUAACCUUUUAUUUUUCAGUUGGCGAGUCACUUAACUUUUUCAUAUUUGUGUAAUGGCCAAAAGGCUUGCAAAUCUGUAUUUAAUUGCAUUUUAAUUAAUUGCCAGAUUUUACACGUGAUAGUCAGUUGAAUUGUACAAAGAAAAUGCACUUAAACAUGUUUCUAAAUUGUAUAGUUCAGUCAUGUCUUAUUUGGUUUUAGCUAUUAUUUAAUAAUUUUCACUUCUUGGCUUUGUUCUGCAUAAACUUUUGUUGUUCAACAGUUCUGAACCUUUUGGUAUUUUAUAUAAUAGUCCAAAACAAUGUUUUAAAAUUCAGUGCCUUUCCUUUUAAUAUUGUCUGGGAUUUUCUUUAAAAAAAACAUUUCUUUUGUAUGAAGUGUUUUCACUUACGAAUAAUUUUAUGUAUUUUUUCUACCUGAGUUUAUAACCAUUGACAAUGUAUGUUUCAUCUGAAUCAUACAAAGAUUUAUUUAAGUUGAUUCUAAGUAUAAUUCAAUAAGCCUCAUUGUUUGGAAUUUGAGAGGAAGUAUAGAUGAUUGGAUAGAUUUCAUUUAUAAAAUUCCCAGUUUUUAGAACUAGUAUAGUUCUGUUAUUUUCUUGGUUUUGUCAUUUUGCGUAAAAUAGGAUAUAAAAGGGACAAAAAAUAAAAUACCCUCUUUUUAUAUGUGUGAAUUAUAUUUGUAACAAAUGCUUUUGUAUGACCAUGUUAUACUUGAUAAAAAAUAUAUAUAUUAACCUGUUAAAUUA